CCGAAAAAAAUGCCGAGUUUUAGACGAGCAUUACAAUGUGGUUACUACGAAUAAUUGUCUGCUGCUUGGCAUUAGGAUUAUCCUUGGGGGCUGAUGAAGUUGAGUUGUCAAUUCCUCAAGGAACCCUCAAAGGCUUGAAAACAAAAACCGCUCAGAAUGGAGUGGAAUAUUACAGUUUCAAAGGAAUACCUUAUGCCAAACCUAUGAUUGGAUCCAACAAGUUUAAGAUUUCAGAACCUGCUGAGGGUUGGAGUGGAGUGAGGGAUGCCACAAAACACGGCAAUACUUGUGUCUUUUUCUGUAUGGUGCAGAAAAAACUCGUUGGAGACGAAGAUUGUCUCUUCUUGAAUGUUUAUACUCCAACGAUUGAGCAGGGAAGUGGAAAAGCUGUUAUGGUGUACUUCCAUCCUGGUGGUUUCACAGGGGGCUCGGGUGAUGAUGAUCUCUUUGGACCAGAUUUUCUUCUCGAGAAAGAUGUUAUCUUGGUGACAGUGAAUUCUCGAUUGGGAGCAGUUGGAUUCCUCAAUACUGGAGAUGCUAAUGCACCAGGAAAUGCUGGUCUGAAGGAUCAAGUCUUGGCAUUGAACUGGAUUCGAAAUAAUAUUGGAAAUUUUGGUGGAUGCCGCAAUCGUGUGACAUUAUUCGGUGUUAGUUCUGGUGCUGCGUCUGUUCAAUAUCACAUGCUUUCACCAAUGUCAGAAGGACUAUUCAAACGAGCAAUUAUUCAGAGUGGUUCAGUAGCAAGUUCUUGGGCCAUUUCAUAUACUCCUAGGGAAGAUGCAAUGGCACUUGCUGAUAAACUUGGAAUUAAGGCAGCAGACACUACGGAAUUGGUCGAGAAAUUGAGUAACAUUCCUACCCCGCAAAUUGUCGAAGCAAGCACUUCACUCGCGCAAACCAUGAAUUUUUUCCGUGGUGAUAUGCAUUGGUUCCUACCAUCAGUGGAGACUGAUUUUGGACAAGAAAUGUUCCUUCCAGCAGAUCCAUGGGAGCUAUUAAAGUCAGGACGUGUGGCUGAUGUCAACACCAUGAUUGGGACCACUUCACAAGAGGGUGGAUUGUUCGUAGGAAUGGUCCUGCCAAUGGCUUCGCAUUUCAAGGAUAAUUUUCAAUUGUUUAUCCCCAAGGAUCUCAACAUGACAGAUUCAGCCCAGACAAAGAUGGUGGGGGAGUCCAUUAAGAAAUUUUAUUUUGGCGAUAAAGAAGUUGGUGAUGCAUCACUUAUGGAACUGACUGAUCUUCUAACUGAUGUCUUUUUUUCCUGUGGAUCAAUGUUAACGGCCAAGGUCAUGAAUUCUCGAUUAACUUGUCCUGUUUAUCAGUAUUUAUUCAAUUUCGAAGCGCAAUUUGGAUUCAUGAAAGCGCUGUUCAAGAUGGAAGGAGGCAUUGUACACGGAGAUGAUAUGACAUAUCUCUUCUAUUCGAAUGCAUUUCAAAAUAAAUUGCAGCCGGGUUCACGUGUGGAAACUAUGACUAAUCAGAUGGUUGAAAUGUGGACCGAUUUUGCUAAAGAGGGAAAUCCCUCCGUUACCAUGAAUGCUGCCAAAGUCAAGUGGGAACCCAUGGGUGAUAAUGGAAAUUACUUGGAAAUCAAUGAUGACCUCACUAUGAAAACAUCCAUCUCCAAAGAUCGGCUCAAUUUUUGGGCUGGAAUAUAUAAAGAUGUACUUGGCGAUUAUGUCAAGCUCUUUAAUUGAUCUUUUCAAUGAAUAUUCAUCAGUCGGUUAAUAUGUUUCACUUGGAGGAGAUCAAUUGAUCAAUAUAAGAUGCAAGCAUUAAUAUGAUUUUCA